UAAAGAUAAGUUUUUUUUUUUUAAAUAAAAUGUCUUGUAUUGAAUUUACAGUGAACGGAGUCAAAUGUUCAGUAAACGAGACAAUACCGCGGGAGACAUCACUAAAUGCAUAUCUCCGGUACUACCUAUCUCUACCUGGAACCAAGGCGAUGUGUCAUCAGGGCGGGUGCGGCGCUUGCAUUGUUGUCGUACGCGCGGAACGGCCAACCACGGGCACUCUGGAGACGUUCUCCGUUAACUCUUGCUUAGUUCUCGUGUUCUCCUGUCAUGGCUGGGAAAUUACAACUAUCGAAGGUGUUGGCAACAGACUGUCAGGCUACAGUGAAGGUCAAAAGAGAAUCGCAGCAUUUAAUGGAACCCAAUGUGGGUACUGUACCACUGGUUGGGUCAUGCAAAUCUAUAGCCUCCAAGACAAGCAUCUCACAAUGCAGCAAAUGGAGGAUUCUUUAGGCAGCAACACCUGUCGCUGUACCGGCUAUAGACCCAUAUUGGACACAGCCAAGUCUUUCGCAGUAGACGCGAGUCCAGAUCUAUGCGCCAAAGUCAAGGAUAUAGAAGACCUAUGCAAGAAGAACAUAGAAUGUAAAAGAAAAUGCUCAAGUAUCAGCGAAAGUGACUGGUGUAUGGUAGAUAAGUUAAGGAUCCAAAAUGAAUCGCUUAUAUCCUUAAAUUUUGGAAAGACUAAAUUUUUCAAAGCUUUUUCUGAAAGAGAAAUUUUUGAUGUUCUUUCAAAAUCUGGUGAUGAUUCUUAUAUGUUUGUCGAUGGGAACACAGCAAAAGGCGUCUACAAAACAUACGAAUAUCCGAAAAUUCUGAUUGACAUAAGUGACGUCAAAUCACUAAAGACGUAUGAAUUCAGUCAGAAUCUAGUCCUGUGCGGGAAUAUCAGCCUUGAGGACUGCAUCACGAUAUUUACAGAUACAGCUAAAUCGAUGAAUGGCUUUGCAUAUUUAGAAGAAUUCGCUAAACAUAUCAAACUGGUAGCACACAUUCCUGUUAGAAAGAUCGGAUCUAUAGCUGGUAAUCUAAUGCUGAAACACACCAGACCAGAUUUUCAGUCAGAUAUAUUUUUGCUAUUCGAAACGGUAGGAGCUUAUGUGACAUUGAGAAAUUCGAGUAAUCAAAAAGUGACGUUGUCCAUGAUAGAAUUUUUGAGCUACAAUAUGCGAGGUCAGCUUAUACUGAACGUGGAAUUGCCUCCUUUAGGCGACUGUAGUAUUGUCAGAACUUAUAAGAUACUACCACGUAACCAAAACGCAUUAGCUAUUGUCAAUGCUGGCUUCCUUCUAGAAAUGAACAAACAUAACGUAAUAACAGAAGCAAGGAUAGUAUACGGAAAUAUAUCAGCUGACUUCAUCCAUGCAUAUCACACUGAGCAAUAUUUAUUAGGAAAGAAUAUAUUUUCCAAUGAUAAUUUGCAAAGGGCGAUACAAAAGUUGAGUGCAGAAAUUACACCUGAGCAUCGCCCACCAAAACCAUCACCGGAAUGUCGAAAGAAAUUAGCUAUCGGAUUAUUUUAUAAGUUCAUCUUGAAUAUAAGUCCGGCUGGAUUACCGUGUCCUAAGUACUGUUCAGGUGGCAUGUUGUUUGAACGUCCGUUAUCCAGUGGUAAGCAAGAUUUCCAAACAGACAAAUCGCUGUACCCACUCAAUGAGCCGUUGCAGAAACUAGAAGCGUUGAUACAAGCGUCUGGUGAGGCUCAAUAUGCUAAUGAUAUACCGCCUAAGCGAAGAGAAGUAUUUGGAGCUUUUGUUCUAUCAAUAGUACAUUCAGGCGAAAUUGAAGUUAUUGACGCAUGUGAUGUUUUGAAAAUCGAAGGCGUACUUGCUGUAUAUACGGCAAGUGAUAUCCCUGGGAAAAAUUCUUUCGGCUUCCCAGGAAUACAACUACAAUACGAAGACGAAGAAAUACUAGCAAGUCGGUAUAUUAAGUUCUUUGGACAACCGGUGGCGAUACUAGUGGCGAUCAGUGAGGCAUUAGCAGUUAGGGCUGCUAGGAAAGUUAAAGUUACUUACAAAAAUGUUCCAAAAACACAUCCUGUGCUUACCAUAGACGCAGCAAAGGGUGAUCCUAAAAGAUAUAUGGCAGGCGACUCUGGCAUGACACCAAAGAGCAGAGGCACUAAUAUAAAAAAAGUAGUAAAGGGAGUCUAUGAAAUAGGAGCUCAAUAUCACUAUUACAUGGAACCUAUAACGUGUGUUGUUAUACCCGUAGACAAAGGUCUAGAAGUUUACGAUUCAACUCAAUGGAUGGAUUUAUCACAAAUCGCAAUUUCUCAGUGUUUAGGAAUAAAUGAAAGCGAUGUGCAUCUAAAAGUCCGUCGAAUUGGUGGUGGUUUUGGAGGUAAAAUCAGUCGCAAUGUUCAAGUUUCAACCGCGUGUGCGUUGGUUGCCAAAAAGAUGGAUCUUCCUUGUAGAUUUAUUUUGCCGAUUGAAACUAAUCUUACUAUGGCUGGCAGAAGACUACCGUGUCAAUGUAUUUACGAGGUUGGAGUUGAUGACAAUGGUAAAAUCCAAUACCUAGACGCUACUAUAGUGGAAGACGACGGCUGUUCACACAACGAGAACAUACUGAGCUACACAGCGGAAGGUUUUUCCAACUGUUACGUCACGGACACUUGGAAAUUGAAGACCGGCAGUGUACUCACAGAUUUACCUUCAAAUACAUUCGCACGAGCUCCGGGUACUUCAGAAGGCAUCGCCUGCAUAGAACAUAUAAUGGAGCACAUAUCUUACAAAUUGCAAAAAGACUCAACAGCUGUACGACUCGCAAACAUGAAAACCGAAGAAAACGAUAUCCCUCAACUUAUAGAAGAACUAAAAAAAGAAUCUGAUUAUAACAAAAGGGUAUUGGAAGUAGAAAAAUUCAACAAAGAAAAUCGUUGGAUGAAACGAGCAAUUCAAACUAGUGUUAUGCUGUUUCCAGUACAAUUUUAUGGCAACUACACAGCUAUGGUAUCGAUUUAUCGAGGAGAUGGCACAGUAACAGUGACCACUGGUGGAAUUGAAAUGGGACAAGGGUUAAAUACAAAAGCUGCACAGGUUUGUGCAUACGAACUAUCAGUUCCAGUAGAACACGUCACGGUUAUACCUAACUAUUCUUUUGUAGCAGCCAACAAUGUUUUCUCCGGAUCCAGUAUAACGAGCGAGAGUGUUUGUUUCUCAAUUAUAAAAGCGUGUAAGAUGCUAAACUUAAGAUUGGAACCAAUAAGAAAGAAGUUGACGAAUCCAACGUGGUUGCAAGUCGUGCAAGCGGCUGGCGAAGAACAGAUCGAAUUAUCAGCUAAAUAUAUGAUGACGGAUAAAGAACCAGAGCUUCAGAGGUAUAAUGCGUUUUCAGUCGUCAUUUUGGAAGUGCAAUUGGAGGUGUUGACAGGACGAUAUGAAUUACUCAGAGCUGAUAUGUUAGAAGACGUCGGUUUGAGUACUAACCCUACUGUAGAUGUUGGUCAAUUGGAAGGUGCUUACGUUCAAGGACUUGGUUAUUUCUUAACAGAGGAUUUCGUUUACGAUAAAACAACAGGGAAAUUAUUAACUAAUGAUGCCCUUAACUACGAGGUACCUCUUGCGAAAGACAUUCCCAUUGACUUUAGAAUAAAGUUCAAAUAUAAUGCUAAAAAUCCUAAAGGAGUGUUGGGGUCAAAAACGGUGGGUGAGAUGGGUAUUUGUACAGCACAUGGAGUAACUCAUGCUUUGAGGAAAUGCAUUUAUGAAUCUAGAAAAGACUCUGGCUAUGAUCCUAAGGAAUGGAUUAAUAUAGCUCAUCCAUACAAUACUGAGUCAAUAUUAAAAGCUCUAGAUGUGAAGUUAAAUGAAUUUCUUCUAACUUGCAAUAAAUAAGACUUGAAAACGAGACGUAAAAUAAAAACGAAAAAAUAGCUCAGCAAAUAAAGCAUUUAUCGUGGGUUUCUGAGA